AUGGAAUUCACAAGAAAUAUAAAGUAUGUUGUAAACAAUAGAGAGAUGUUCAUUAAUAGCAUUACUGAAGAGAGUGUUGUAAUUCAAGCAACGGGAAGAAAGUUAAACAAAGAAAAGGCAAUUUUCUGUAAAAACACAAAGGAAGUUGUAAUUGUCUUAAAAACAUGCAUGAACGCAUCCAUUUAUUCACUAGAUGACUAUGAGAUGAAUGAUGAGCUAUUUAUUGCAAUUAACGUGUUUCUGUGCAAAGGAGGAACCUUAUUAUGUCACAUUUAUAGAGAAAGAUCCAAGGAUGCAUAUUGCAACAUCUACAAAAUUGGAGUGAAGUAA